UUAAAGUUUCCGUGCAUGUACACGAAUUCGGUACUAUGUACCGGCCCACUUCCCUUAAGUGAAAGUUCGCCUAAAACUAGACUGGCAAUUUAACAGCAGUUUACUGUUUGCAAUCAACUUUGACAUCAAAACGUUUUGGCCUUUUUGCCAGUUUUUGUUUUUUUUUCCGAACUUUCGCUGUACUUUUUGUGUUUUACGUUUUCCUUUAAUUUUGGACGUAUUAUUUUUAUUGGGAUAUUUCUUUCAUCAGAUUUUAGGUUAUCUGGCACUAGGAAUUCGCUGCCUGUGUUUACCAUUCCCCAUUUGCUACAUUUAGCAGUCAACCUAUCAUGCCUCCGAAGCGCUCGUCCAAAUCCAAAAGUCCGAGCCCCCGGAAAGCUUCCCCAGGGAAGAAAAGCAGCCCGGACGCGGACACCAAGUCAGCUGAGAUGGGCAAACGCAAGCGCGAGGAAUCCAAGACCACCGACGAUAAUCCUAACGCAGACAUCUGCGAGCUGCUGAUGGAGUUGGCUGAAUACGAGAAAGUUGCCAGCGGCGAGCAGUAUAAAUACCUCGCGUACCGUAAAGCAGCGCAGACGCUGGCUGAACAGAAAACCCGCAUCAAAAGCGGUGCUGAAGCGCAGAAGCUGCCGGGAAUUGGGGAAAGCAUUGCAGGCAAGAUUGAUGAGUUCCUGAAGACGGGCAAGAUGGAGAAAGUGGAGGAGGCUCGCGACGACGACACAGCCAAGAUACUGGCGGAUUUGGCACGGGUGCCCGGAAUUGGCCAUGCGCGGGCCAAAGAAUUGUACGAUCAGGGCAUUAAAAGCAUUGAGGAUCUCAAGAAGCAUCCGGACCUUCUGCCCGAACAGCUGCAGAAGUCCCUGAAGAACUUGGACGCUAUUGAGUCUCCCAUAAACAAGCAGCAGGCGGACAAAAUCAAGAAGUAUCUGGAACAGCAACUAGAGGGUUUGGAUGGUCGGUUCAAAGUGACACUGUGUGGCGCCUAUCGCCGUCAUGAGGCUACCGUACUGGAAUUGGUUGCUGUCAUCACUCAUAGUGCUUCCGAAAACAAAACGAAGGAUUUGCUGCACGAACUAACCGAAAAGCUGAAGCAUUCUGGUUUUCUUCCAGAGACCAUGACCGAAGGCAACCAUCGCGUUAAAGGCAUUUGCCAGUUGCCGGCUGCCCAUUCUCCGAAGAAACCUGAACGCAGCAGUCCUCGCAAAAAAGCGAAAAAGGAUGAUGACGAAUCUGCGGCGGAUGAGGAAAAGCAUGGUGAGCAGCACAUGUUACUGCUGUGCAUGUAUCCCGAGAGCCAGGAAGCUGCGGCUGUGUUGCACUGGACGGGCAACGAUGUCUUCAUGCAGGAGAUUAGCUCCAAAGCCAAAGCCAAGGGAUUCUUGUUGAAUGAGUUCGGACUGUACCGGCAUCGAGGUAGUGGCGACAAAGCGGAUAAUGUCGUCAAAGUGGACAGUGAGGAGGAUAUCUUCAAAGAGUUGGACAUGGAGUAUGUGAAACCGGAAGAUCGGAACGUGUAGUUCUCUCAUCGGUGAGGUGUUUCUGUUGUUUUUGAAACCAGUGGUUUAGCGUUAACUGCAUUUCCUUUUCUUGAUCUGUAACUGUACCGGAGCUCCGGAGUUUGUAUCAUAUGACAUAGGGUUGGAUAAUUCUCUUGUGUAUUAAACUGUGUUGUGGUUUAAGACAGAUACAUGUAACGUGUAUUAUGUGUGUAUGUAUGUUCCAUCUUUCGUUAAAUUGUUCUUAAUGUUUAGUAGAGUUCGCUGUUCGGCUGCAUGCUGUAAAUGUCACAAAACAAACUU